AUGUUGAACCUCUCAAGCUUCGUCCAGAAGGCGCAGCAGCUCCUCGACCCGACUCAAGGGCUCAACCUCACCGAUUCCGACAAGAACCCCUCCAAGGCCUUCCUGUUCCAGAAUCAGUUCCGUCUCCCCGCCUCUCAGCACCCGCUCUACGAGAUCACCGCCGAGCUGACCAUCCCGCCCUCAAAUGCCACGCAGGGUGACAAGGAGCGGGACCGGGGAUAUCACUAUGCCGGCAAGCUUCACCUAUCGGAAGCUUACAUGUGCUUCUCCACGACUCCUACGAGCUUCCUAUCUUCAGCCAGCACUUCAACCUCCUCUGCUUUCACUGGACAAACACACGGCGGGGGACCCAGCGGGAAUGGCUUCACGUUUCCUCUAUGUGCCAUUCGGAGAGUGGAGAGACUUCACAGUCAGAACUUCCAGUUUGCCCUAGCUAUCACGACGUGGAACGGAUUGACCCAGGAAACCGGUAAAGACACAAAGGAAAAGAGCAGCGCAAAAGAACAACGGGUCACAAUCACACUAGCAGGAAGCCGACAGGCCUGCGAAAGAUUUUGCGACGGCCUCAAGAAAGGACUGCGAGCUGGUGUCGGCAACGUCGGAAAGCUCAAGAAGGUUAUUGCCGAAUGCUACUCAGAAUACCUGCUUCGUCCCGACGACAAGAAGGCCGCAAGUCCCCCGGAUGCCGGUCUCGGCAUGAUGUUCAGGUAUCCGGGCGAUCCCAAGAAGCUACGGGACAGGGCUAAGAUGCGUCUUUGGGCCGAAUAUCUCCGUGACAAUGGCCGCAACAUGACGCUUCUCCGCCAGCCUACUUUCCACAAGCUGAUAAGAGUCGGUCUUCCCAACAGACUAAGAGGUGAGACCUGGGAACUGACUUCUGGCUCGAUCUACCUGCGACUCGAUAACCCGACCUUGUACAGUGACACAUUGAAGAAAUAUGAGGGCCAGGAGUCGUUAGCCAUCGACGAGAUCGAGAAGGACCUCAACCGAAGUCUUCCGGAGUAUCCUGGUUUCCAGAGUGAAGAAGGAAUCGGACGGCUUCGUCGAGUCCUCACCGCCUACAGUUGGGUCAAUGCUGAUGUCGGUUACUGUCAAGCCAUGAACAUUGUGGUGGCCGCUCUGCUCAUCUACAUGUCCGAAUCACAAGCAUUUUUCCUGCUCUCUGCCCUCUGCGACCGCCUAGUCCCGGGAUACUACUCAACUACAAUGUACGGCACGCUACUAGACCAGAAGGUCUUCGAAUCCCUCGUGGAAAAGACAAUGCCGAUUCUAUGGGAGCACCUUGUCAAGAGCGAUGUGCAGCUGUCCGUGGUGUCCCUGCCCUGGUUCCUAUCAUUAUAUAUCAACUCCAUGCCUCUUGUUUUUGCAUUCAGAGUUUUGGACGUCUUCUUUGUAGAAGGUCCGAAGGUGCUCUUCCAAGUUGGGUUGGCUAUUCUGCGGAUCAAUGGCGAAGAGCUCUUGGAUUCAACAGAUGACGGCGCCUUCAUCUCCGUGUUGAAGUCAUAUUUCGCUCGUCUUGAUGAGUCGGCACAUCCAAAGUCGGAGAACCCGAAGUUGAGAGCGGUAACUCGGUUUCAAGAGCUCAUGGUUGUGGCGUUCAAGGAGUUCUCUCAGGUUACGCAUAGCACAAUAACGGACUUGAGGCUCAAGAACAAGGAUGCUGUCCUAAACAACAUCGAGAACUUUGCCAAGAGGACUGCUAUCCGCAAUCUAGGCCCUGACAGCAAAAUCAUGAGCACUGAUGAGCUAGGGGCUCUAUACGAUCGGUUCUACGGUGUCCUAUAUGAAAGGCAACAACGAAGCCUGAUCCUGCUCCAGGAACAGCAGAGACGAGCCAAGAGUAGCCGCCCACGACUUGCAGAGGCCGCGCGGCAACACGAUGAGGCCGUUGAGAAAGGCCGAGUUGGUUUAGGGCCCAGCACUAGUUUGAUGGACUAUGAUGCUUUUCGCGAGUUUCUUGCGGGCAUGUCGAAAUGGGCCAUCUCUGAUUCUCCCACCACACCUCGCCGAGAUACUUUUUCGGAUAAGGACAGAAACCCGUAUUUCAAUAGCACGAGGCGACAGGAUGCCUACCUCUCGCCCUGGGGAGCAGGUCCAGAACCGGCUGAUCAUGAAUUCCUGCAGCGAUUGUUCAAGCACUGGGAUGUGGAUAACAGUGGGACCGUCACGUUGCAAAACGUGGUCAGUGGCAUUGCACGUGUCAAGGGCAAACGCGACAUUAUGGGCACAAUCACCUACUUCUUCGAGCUCUACGACGACGAUGGAGAUGGCAAAGUCGACCGCGAAGGCAUUCUUCGGAUAUCGGAAGCUUUGCUCUUCCUCUCGCGACGAGGGCUGGAGGGCACGUUGAGUCCAUCCAACUCGACCACCAUCCUGAGUAGUCUUCAAGACCAAGACGGCAAUAGCCCCUCUGGGCCACUGCCUGGAACGUCUGUUAAUGAGAGAUUUCUGGGCAGUGUUAGCGCUUUCAUUAGGCGGUGCUUCGAGUACGCCGACCCAGAUCACCCCCAGAACCAGGGCUCAACUGCCGGUAUGGGGGAAUCCACCCUCGGUAGAGAUACCGAGUCUAGCGCGUUUGCCAUAGGCGACGACGAGGAAGACGAGGAAGAGGAGCCAGAGGAAGACCUCCUAGAUUUAGGUUCGCCCAAAGGGAGUCCUAAGGGGGCCCCUAAGGGGAGGCUAGAAGACGGGAAGAAAGGCGCCGCCCCACCGCCGGCGAUUAACAUUCCUGACAGGGGCCCCAACGAGGCCCGCCGAAAGGUCUCCAAGGCCCAGUCUGAGGCUGCUAACAUAGCGCUGGACCCCGCUAAUCCACUACACAUGACACUACCCACCUUCCGCAUGGUCGUGCUUGCGGACGAGCUGCUCGAGCAGUUCUUCGAAUCAAGCUUUCCUGCAUCGUUCCAUAUCAUUGAAGGUUUGCCAUCGUCUGCACCGGCGACCGGUAACUCCAGCCUAACGACUUUCUCGAGUCUUGGGUUUGGCGCCGGCAAAGCAGCCGCUGCGGCCUUUGGUGGAGGUGCUGGUGCCAGUGGUGUCCCUCCAGCAGCAGCAGGGGCCGGGAGAGGCCUAAGAGGUGUGCUGGACAACAUUGUCACCGAUGGCAUGCGGGUGGCGGCUGAGGUAAGAAGGAGGAUGGAGGACGCCCAGCGCGAGCUAGAGAAGAACGCAUUGCCGGGACAGAAGGACGAGGAUGAUGAGGACGAGGACGAUACGGCACCUAGGAACUCGUCUGGCGCCUACAGCGGGGACGUGGAGAGGCGAAGCGUGAGGAGCUCAGACCGCGAUCUCCUGGAGGGGGCGGAUGCAGAAGCCGAAGAUGGCGGUGGUGAUCCAUCGAGGACGCGCGCAAGCACCGCGAGCAGUGGAGAGACGACCGGCGCGACGAGAAUUGUGGAAUUCGACGGGUGA